CCUCGACUUCUCUUAAAAGAAGUUAUAUUAUCAAUGGUUAGGCUAGCCUAACGGCUAUAUUCAGCUAUAAUCUUGUGGAUAUCGCUUGUCGCUUAUUUGCAGAACGCUUUUAUUUUGUUUUCGCAAUUAUAAAUAAAUAAACAUCUUUAACAUAUGUAACUUAUCAUUAUAGUUUACUAAAAGUGAUUGCAGGGGCGUUUCUAGCAUUGCUUAAAGAUUGUCAUCGCGUAUUAGGUGAGCUAUCCGCCCCGUAUUUCUAAUAACGAGUAAAUUGAUUGUUAAAAAGAUGAGCGCUGAACAAAAAAAAAAAUAAUAAUAAUAAAAUCCAGGGUUGUGGUCGGGGCUGCCCCAGCUGGCUACACCAUUGUUGUUUCCAACUGUUUUAUGUAGUCGUAGUGCAGUAGUGUGACAGUUAAAAUGUUUUCGUGAACACUAUUUGAACACAAAGUAGGUGUCACUUAAAUUUUGAAUUAUGACAUUCAAAGUUCAGUUGCUUGCUUUCGGUGGAUUCAGGCCUGGUUUUGGCCAGUUUUCUUUCUCUAUCUGCUGUAAGCAUCUUUGUGACAUUGCCUGUGUGCUGUACGCAUAAAAUCAAAUUGAUAUAGUGUAUAGUGACACAUACAGUAGGCUAGAUAUAAAUGUCUGUCAAAUGUACAUUUUAUAUACAGUAAUAGGCCUACACACACACACAUUCUGUAUAUAGAAAGUAUGAGUACAUGUAAAUUUAUUUAAAGGGGCAGUUCACUCAAAAUAAAGCUAUAAUUCCACUUGGUGUUUUGAGCACCACAAAUGUUGGGUGAGGUCUGUUGUAUCCGGGUUUAGCUGCAGCAGAUACAAAACUCAUCAAAUCUCAGCAAAACUACUUUGAUGGAUAGAUAGCACUCUUGAGUAAGCGACAAUAUAGCUUUAUUUUAUUUUAGGGUGAACCGCCCCUUUAACAUUGAAAAGUCUCUUAACAUUGUACCAUUUUCAGAAGGGCUCUUUGUAGUUCUCUCCUCAGGUAUUUUAGCCGGCGACCAUGAAUGACAGUACGUUGAUCCCCGUUGAUCUUGCCACUGCACAGUUCCUUGCCCAGUGUGGUGAGGUUCUGAUCAAUGUUGUGCAGAGAAAGUUUGGCAUCUGCGCCGUUCUUCACAACAUAGAGAACAGCAGGACAGCCCAGAUGAGCGGGGUGAAGCGGUGCUCAGUGCUUCUGUCGGGUGGGCCUGAGGUCUCUGUGUGGAAGGACGACCUGACCACUCACCGCGUGGAUGCCGUCGUCAAUGCCGCCAACGAGCAACUCAGCCAUGGGGCAGGGCUGGCAGGCGCACUCUCUCAAGCUGGCGGGCCACAGAUCCAGCAGCUGAGUAAUCAGUAUGUUAAAAAAUUUGGAAAGGUAGCCACUGGAGAGGUAGCCAUCACACCACCUGGGGCCCUCCCCUGUAAAGCCAUUAUUCAUGCCGUAGGUCCGAUCCUUUUCUAUCGACCGAACACUGAAGAAGUUGCGCACGCAUCACCUUUAUUGAAACGUGCAGUUGAAAACAUCUUACAUUUGGCAGAAAGAAAAUCCUUCCAAUCUGUUGCCAUUCCUGCUCUGAGCUCUGGCCUGUUUAAUUUCCCUCUCGAUCGCUGCGCAGAAGUUAUUGUGAACACCGUGAAAGAUUACCGCUACGGUUCACAGCUUUCAGAAGUUCGCCUGGUCAAUCAUGAUGAGCCUACAGUCUCAGCGAUGGAGAAGGCUUUCAGAGAGAUUCUGGAAUCCAAGGCAUCCUACAGCGGAGCUGUUAAGGAUGUCAGAACCAGUGUGGCUGCGUUGCCAUCAUUGCAGAUGGGCAGUGUCACAAUGCAUAUCAAAACAGGGCACAUUGAACAAGAGAAGGUGGAUGUAAUUGUGAAUACAAUAUCUCCAGACCUUAAUUUAUUUAAAGGAGAUGUUUCAAGAGCAAUAUUAAAAAAAGCUGGCAACAACAUUCAAAAAGAGAUACACGCAUCACAGUUGACCAGUCAGUUUGGGGACGUCAUUGAAACCAAUUCCCAUCAUCUUGAUUGUUUUCGUGUAUACCACACUGUUUGUGCAGUGAUAGAAGAUAAUGGGUCUAAGAUUCUACGUUCAGUUGUUAGAAAAUGCUUGGACAAGGCAGUCAAGGGCAAGUACUCAUCCAUCUCCUUCCCUGCCAUUGGCACUGGUAAUCUGGGCUUCAAAAAAGAGGAAGUCGCCAAAUUAAUGAUAGGAGAAGUUGCAGAUUUUGCCAAACAACACAAAGGACAGAAGUUGGAUGUUUAUUUUGUUUUGUUUCCCAGUGAUUUGGGGAAAAUAAAGGCUUUUCAAAAUGAGAUGGCUUUUCACAAAGGAAAACAGUCCAGCGAAUUCAGCACUGCUAGCAAAGAAAUCUAUCCAGUACCAUCAGGCUCCUAUGAUGGUGGCCGGGCUCGCACUGGAGAACAACCAUGCAUUGAGCUUCGCAGUGCCUUCAAAGCAGAUCAGAGGGAAGCGGCAAGAUGGAUUGCUGAAAUGGUUUACUUGACCUCCAAUAAAUGCACCAUACUUAACAACCACAUCCUGUACUUUGGCCAGAAAGAGCAUGCGGAGCUCCAGGACUUCCAGGCUGCUUUUGAUUUGUCCAUUCGGGAGUUCCUUAAGGAUGGUAUAGCUGGGGUGACCAUCACAGGACCCAAGCUAGGAGUGCGGGAGGCUGCGCUGAGGGUGGAGGCUUUGUGCUGUGAGGCCCAGGAGGAAUUUGCCCGGACCGAGGAGAGCGCCAUGAUGCACAACGUGGUCCGCUGGAGGUUCACUGAAUUCCCUGGGUUUGAAGAACCGGAAAUAACUGGCACUUUGGAAAGGGCCCUCCUUGCAAGAUGUGACACUCUGACCAUUGAAGUGGACGGUUGCGAUCUCCAGGUUUCCCUCAGAAAAAUGGAGGCAAAACAUCCCAAUGGGAGGGGCUGUCAUAUUGAUAGGAAAUGCUUGUAUAGAGACAAUCCCAUGGACCUGAAAUUCCAUAAUGGGUCCUUUUAUCAAAGGACGGUGGUAGAUCUUAAGGCCCUUGGCUAUGCAGAUCAAGACUUUAUUGACCUUGAUGUCGUUAAGAUUGAGAAGGUGGAGAACCCUCUUCUGGAGCAUCAUUUCCAGCAGAAGGAGAGACAGGUGUCCGGCAGACCCAAGCGCCUGUACCAGCAGGUUCCAGCACAGUUCUGUGACCUGGUGUGCCGUGUUGGGUUCCAGAGGCAGUACUCUCCACCCAAGGAGCAAAAGUAUGGAGCUGGAAUCUAUUUCGGUGGCAGUUCGUCUGCAGCGAGGAAGCUGGCAGAGCACUUGGAAAACGAGGAGUACAUGUACAUUUUUCAGGCGCAGGUGUUGACAGGGAAGGACACCAUGGGAUCACCUGACCUAAUCAUUCCUCCUGCCCUUGGCUCAGACCCCCUCUGUCGAUAUGACAGUGUAAGCGGUGGCAGGGACACUCAUGUCAUCUUCAACAGUCACCAGGCUCUUCCUGUGUAUCUGCUCACAUGCAGAAAACAUGUUCAAAAAGGUACUUCCCUGUAGACAUGGCGCAUGUGGUGCAUAGCGUGAAAUAAUACAGUGAACAGGGAGUUUGGUGUGCAGGCUGAAGACCAAAAUGAAAAAUAUGAGAAAAAUUAUAGAAUUUGAAAAUGGUCAAUGUGAAAAACAGGUUUAUCUAAAAUAGUAUAGACUGUUGACCCUUGAUAUUAUUUUUUUUUUAACUUAAAAUUUUUAGAAAUGCCUCUCAACCAACAGCCUAAUAACCCCUGGAACAACAAGUGAUUGAAGUUCCAAGACAUUUAGUAUCUAGGGAAGAACUGUUUUGUGUGCAUAUGAUUUCAUUUGACGUUUUAUUUGUUUUUGGAUUCCUUUUUUCCUUCAGAAAUAAAUCAGAAAUGGGAGCUUGGCUCACUGAAGUUAGCAUAUUGCAUAGUUUUAUGUAUCUAGUUGGCAAACAUUUUGCAAAACAUUUUUCUUAUGUUUAUCAAGAAAUUACUUCUUAUGAUUGUAAUAGAUUUAAAUGAUUUCUGGUAAAUGAAUUAGAGCUCUAUGUAAAGUGUAUUUCUCUUAUGGUUAUAUUCUGAAUGAUUAAAUUAGACAAUCCUGGUUUUAUGGUUAUGAAAUUAAACCUCAGUAUAUGGCCAUUACAUCUUAAUCAUACACCUGUAAGUGAAAAGACUUUCUUGUCCUGACAUAUAUCAAUAUAUAAAUUUUAAAUAAAUAGCUAAGUACCAAAUAGCCUUUUUUGAUCAAAUCACAUAGAAUGUGUAUUUGUGGGUCAACUAACUUUAUUAUAGCCUGUUAUCCAACUGUCUUCUUUUUAAUUGAAAAUAUUGAAUAUAGAAAACAGCCAUCAGUUUUCAUAUCUGUACAAAGAAGCACACAUUAAUGUAAUCAGCAGUAUGCAAUAUGCAAAGUGGCUUAACAGCCCUACAAAUACAAGCUAGUGCGUCAUUAUCCUUUCAUGAAAUACCUAUAGGUAUACUGCUGCAUAGUUUUCUUAAGGAAUGCAGUGGAACUGGGGCAGCAAGUGCCACCCCAAACCAAGUUAUCUUCUGCUGUGUUUCAAUAUCUUAAAUUGUUGUACCCAUAUGUCUGUCUAAGUCAGGUUAUAUAUUUAAAACCACUUUUUUAAACUGUACCUUAUACAGUCACUUGGAGGACCAUUAUGCAACUCAUGCCCAUUAACAAGAUUGACAAUGAGAACAAUACUGUAUGUGCCUUGGACAAUUUCUUUUUGGCGUGAUCCACUUAUUGGUAGAGGAAUUCCCUUAUCAUAAACCAGUGUACUGAAAAUAAAAUAAAAAUCACACUGUCAGUUUACUUUUCA